AUGAAAGAACAACUAGAAUUACUGGAUUUCCAAAUUGUCGAAGUUGAGAAUCAGAAAGCUAUGAUUGAGGAAGAAUUGAGAAAAAUUCCCCCAACUUUACAUGAGGGAACUCAAACCGAGGAAAGUUCCGAUAGCCAUCAGUUGAUAUGUCAAUUAAAAGAACAAUUAAGUCUACUGAGAAGCGAUUUAUCCAAUCAAAAAGCUGAAACAGCAGCUGCUGUUGCUAAACACAUUCAUAUGGAUAAUUUAAUUAAAGAAUUACGCCGUGAUAAUAUUGAAUUACGUGAUCAAUUAUCUCAUGUUGAUGAUGCUGAAAAUUCACUAGCUGAAAGUGAUAAACCGAUAGCUGCUGAUGUUAAACUACUUAAAGCUCAAUUAGCUGAACAGUUAGAACGUGUCAAAGAUUUAGAAGAAAAAUUGAAUUCAUCAAGAUUGUAUUCAGAAAAAUUAGAAUCCCGUGUACAAGACCUUAUAGGAAAAAAUAGCUGUCAUCCAUCUACUGAAUCUGUAUCAUUCGAAAUAGAUCAUUCUGAGCAAAAUACAACUGCUGUACUUCAUUCAAUGGACGAUACCAAACCGGUUACUGUUUCUCAAUCACAACCACCUCCAUUAAAAACAACAGGAGCACAACCUAAAGUAGAUGAUAUACUUCUUCAACAAACAAUUCAUACAUUUCAGGCACUUCUAGAUGAACGUGAUCAAGAAAUAAGUCAAUUAAAAAAACAUAUUGUACAAAAUCCAUCUAACACUGAGUUAACAUCAGAUAUAAAUCUACCCAAAUUAUACGAAUCAUCAAUUCAAACAGAAUUAAAUAAUGAACAAAUGGAAAAACUAUCAAAUUUAAAAGAUACUUUAAAUUCAGGUGGUCAGUUAUUGACUAGUGAACAGUAUGAAACAUUGAACAAUGAAUUAAAUGAAACAUUGAAAACAUUAACAAACAACCCUGAUAAUCGUAACAUACCAUCGUCUGAACAACUAUCAUCAUCUACAAAUGAAAAAGAAAAGUCAACUCAGAACUAUGGUGAUCUAAUUCAAACAGUGAAUAAAUUAAGAAAAGCAUCUGAAACUAUUAAACCAAUGUCAACUUCAUCAGAGUUAAAACCAAGUGAUAUCGUUGAUCAGGCGAAUCCGAAUACAAUUGAAAGGUCAUGUCAUACACCUUCUGAUAAUGGUAAACAAGAGUUAACUAGUCGAAUAACAACCAGUCUCCUAGAAAAACCUGAAAGUGAACAACAACAACCAUUGAAAACUCGAAAUGCAGCUUCACCAUCGACAAGUCCUAUACGUAAUUUAUUACAUAGGCCAUCUUCAAUUUUUGGUCGUGAAGGAAAUAGUGCAAGAAGCUCAAUUAGUGAUCCUAACAAAAAACCAGGAUUAUUCAAUAAAGUCGAGAAUUUUUUUAAAACCAAUAGCCCUAAAUACGAAUCUGUUGCUGUAGGAAACAGUACCGAUGAAGCUGUAACCACUGAAAAUAAUGAAAAUACUGAUCAACAACAAACACAUCCCACUGUAUUGCCGAAAAUUAGUGUUUCUUAUCAAUCUGGUGAUUUUCAAGAUAGUAAAAACCAUGACAUCAAAAAUGAAAUAAUGAACGAAACAGCUGUCAAAAAUAACGUGACGGAAAGCUCAGUCAAUAUUACAGAAUCAACAAAUAGUGGCCCAGUCAGUACUCCCAUAGACGUUACUAGCAAACCCCAAAACAGUAGUAUUGCAACACAGAAUAAUGAAAUGUUGAAAACAAAAAGCGAUUCAAGUGACAAAAUUUCAAAUCCCAUUGGUCUUUCAUCAAAUUCGAAAAUUACUGUUGCGAAACCGCCAGAACUAAAAUCUGAAGUUUCUAUUAAUAAUAAUACGACCAAUACUCAUAACGAAAGCAACGUAAUUAGUAGUGUAGUAAAACCUGACACUCAAUCAAGCAAGAAAGAGUCAGACUCAAAGACCAGUUCCUCACAUGAAGCAAAUGCAUCAACAAAAACAGCUGAGUCAAUGAAGUCUAAUACGGUCAACACUCCCAUUAUCACUGAUACUACUAACUCUACUACUAAAGAUGUACAAAACAAGAAAACUAUGCCAGAAAACAUUAGUACACCUGUAAAGGACUCCUCCAACAAGAACAACAACACUAAGAGUUCUGACACUCACUUGUCGACGAAUGAACCAGCACCCUCACAAAAAGAGAUUAAAUCGACGCCAAGUGUGUCAAGUAAAUCCACUGAUUCGAAGAUUGCUGCCGAAACUGAGAAUCCUCCGAAAGUCAGUAGUACCGACCCUUCAAGUUCAAAUAUGACCGAUCAUAUUAAUAGUUUGGAUGUUAAAUCAAAGUUUAAUAAUAAGCAUACGAUAAAUUAUAAUAAACAAAAUCAGGAUAAUGUAAUUUCACCAGAACAACCUGCGAAUAAUAAUAUUAAUAAAUCGGAUCAUUCAAAGUUAUCAAAAAUUGCUUUACGUCGAGAUACAGUAGUUCUUGAAAAUCCUAAAAGCUUAUUACCAACAACGACCGAUAUUAAUAUUGAUAAUAGUCAAAAAGAAACCUCUAAUGAUCAGCUAAAAAAUCCAACAAAUGAAUCAGUAAGUAGGUUAAUUACUGAUAUUGAACAAUUAAGAAACGAAUUGUGUAAGUUUCCUGCUUCAAUAAAUCAUACAAAAGUAUCAAUAGCUAGUCAAACAAAUCAACAAAAUAUGCUCAACUGUUCUACUCAAACUAUACCAUCAACUGUUAACUGUGAUCAGAAUCAAUUAGAAAAUAAUACUUUUCAGCUACAAUUAGAAUCUUUAAUAUUAUAUAGUAUAAAAUAUGAUAUCAAUCUUUCGAAGAAGAAUAAUAGUUCCACAAAAGUUAUGCAAUAUCCUUUACAAAUGAAAAAAACACCUUAUUUAACUCAUUCAAAAGUACUUGAAUAUAGUUCAUCAUUGAAAGAAACCAAUAAAUCACUUAUGUAUAAUACUUGUCCACAACAAUCUAUUAAUCAUUCGUAUGAAUUUGCUUCAUCAUUGUUUCAUUCGUUACAAAAGGAAUAUGUAAAAAAUUUCAAUAAACUUUCAUCUUCAAACUUAAAUGAUCUAAAUCUAUUUACAUUGACACAGUUUAUUUUACAAACAUACGAUAUAUGGAAUUAUGAUUUAAAUUCAGAGAAUUAUAGUAGUAAUACUAACCCUAUUCGAAUAAAACGUAACAGUACUACUAAUAAUAAUCUUAAUCAACUUUCUAUUAUUAAAACACCAUUACAUUAUAAAAUUAAUAUUCGUCAAUUUUGUAAUAAUUUAUUAUUAUGCAUAAUAUGUAUUUAUAUGGAUACUGAACAAUUAUCUCCAAGGCAACGUUAUACACGUAUUAUAUCAUUUAUAAAAAAAUUAAUGAAUAAUUAUUUUCAUCAUACCAAUAAUACUAAUAAUAAUGAUUAUUUUUUUAAUGAAUUUCAUCAAUUUUGUAAUGAAAAAUUAUUACAUAAUCAUUUAUGGUUUAGUCAAAUCAUUUAUGAAGGUUUAAUUCUAUUACAACCAUUUCAUAUAGAAUGGAUUCAUUCAUGUAUUGAUUUAAUCAAUUUAUCAAAUCAUACAUUACAAAAGAUUAAAUUUCGUUUAACUACUAAUAUCACUAUUACAUUACCUAAUAUUAAAUUAAAUAAUGAUUCUAUAUUUGAAUUAAUACCAUCUACAAUGAUUAAUUCAUUAUGUCGAACAAAUGAAAUGUAUAAUUUAAUAUAUUUACGUAUAUUAUAUACUAAUUUAAUAUUAACACCAAUGAAUUUAACAUUAAUAAUCAAAAUUUAUAAUAGUUUUGUAGAUGCUAUCAAUUAUUUAUUAUCAUUAUCGAAUUAUACAACAACAACAACAACAACAUCAUUAUAUCGAAAUAUUACUGAGCCUAUUAUAGAUCUUAGUUAUAUAACAAGUCAAUUAUUACAAUUAUUUAUUCAAUUAAAAUAUCGUCUAUGGGAAAUGAUGAUACAACCAAUUGUAAAUAAUAAUCAAAAUACAUUAAUACUAGAUCAAUUAUUAAAUUGUAUUAAUCCACAAGUAUUAAAACAUUUCAAUACUAUCUGUUCUAAUACAAAUCAUCAUAGUAACAUUUAUUUAUUUAUAUUAAUAUUUCGAAUAUUAAUGUCAGUACAAUUUGAAUCAGAUUGUUUAAUACAUGAAACACAACCAAUAAAUUCACCAAUAUAUGGUUUUAAUUAUAGUGUUAUCAUGAGUAGUUUAACAAAUUGUUCAAUUACUGGACCAUCUAAAAGUGAUCAUAUUCUAUGUGAAGAUAAUGAAACUUAUCAUCAUCUUUUAUAUCAUAUUUAUGAAAUGUGUUAUGCAGAAUGGUUAAUGACAGGUUUAUGGCCUUAUAAUAAAGUGAAAAUGUUCAAUGAUCAUCAUCAUCAUCAUUCACAACAAUUAUCUGUUCAAUAUUUAUGGUUUCAUGCAUUAAAACAAAAAGAUGAAUUAAUGACAUUAUUAUUUCAUAAUAGUUUGAUUAAUAAUUUCAAAUUUGGUUUACAACAAUUAGUCAAACAAAAAUCAAUAAAUAUUAAACUAUGGUUACCUGUUAAAUUUAAUUCAACUGAUUUAAACAAUGGUACAUUUUGGUCUCGUGUCUAUUUAGCCGCAAUUAUGCAAUGGUAUGAUACAAAUCCAAAAUCAACAAAUUGUGGAACUAUUAUUAGUAAACUAUCUCAUAUAUUAAAUAUUAAUUCAUCGACGACAAGUAAUAAGAGAACGAAUUAUAUGAAUAUAAAUAAUUAUAAUAAAAGUUGUUGUCGUGUAUUUUUGCGCAAACUGGAAGAAGUUCGAUGUAACUGGUCAUAUUCAAAUUAUGUUAAUUACGACCUCAUGUAUAUCUGGUGCCUGAUGUCAGAUGAUAUUCAUUGUUGUAGUACAAGUGGGAAUGUGUACCAAGGAAGCGAUAAUAAUAAUGCCGAUCUAUAUCAUCCAUCAAUUAUAUUUGAGAAGAAUUUAAAUAUGCUACCGGACAAUGUAGUGACACAAUUGAAGCUAGCUUAUUUUAUUGAACCAUCUAUUCUAUUUACUACUAUAUCACAUAAAACAGUAUCAGAAUACAUAUUGAAAUAUCAACAACAGUUAGCGAAUACGAAAUGUUCAUAUUCUGAGAAUAAUGUUGAUCAAAAACUGGUAGAAAAUUUACGUUGUCAAAUUGAAAGCUUGAAACAAGAAAUAAAAAGAUUACAACGUGGUGCAUCUACAGCUGAAGAACGAACUGUUAAUGGAAAUACUGGUGAAUUUCAUACAUCACAUAGUUCUCCAAGUCAUUUUUAUUCAAUGGAUCCGUAUGGAAGUGUGGAUAAACAAAAUGAAGAAAAAUCCUAUUCAUUACAUAAUCCAUCAUACUACAGCACUCAGUUGCAAGAACUACGUCAAACUGGUGACUUAGAGUUAGUUCGCGCACACCUUAGUUUGUCUGAACGACGUCGACGUGAGCUUGAAAGACGUAUAACCGAACUAACUGAUGAGUUAGCACGUUCUCGUGCAGAAGCCCGUUCCGCGGAAACUAGUCUUUCUGCUGCUCGUCGAACUGAAGCUGCACUAAGAAGACGUCUUCUUGUUGCUAUGGAUUCUCGAGGUUCACCUAAUGGAAAUUAUGAAAUGAAUAUAUCACGAAAUUCACAUGAAUUCUCUUCUAACGAAAGUUCAGAAAUGAUGAAUGCUUUGGAGUUACAAGCAGAUAUGAUUAAACUUCAAGCUACUAAUGCUUCUCUAACGGAAGCUGCUUUACUUGAUCGAACAAGAUUGCAUGAUCAAGCUAUGCGUAUAGACCAGUUGGAAUCAGAGCACAAAGCUUUACUUGAUCGAGUUUCAUGUCUUCAGGCAGCUGAAACUGGUGCACAACGUGGUAUUGUACGUUUACAAGCUCUUUAUGAAGAUAUGCUACGUGAAUACUCAGAGUCUAAACCACUAGAACUACCUAACGUUCGUGGACGUCAUCAUCAGAGAAGCAGCUCUCGUAACUCUAGAAAUAAUGAUUUUAUUACAAAUGCUAAUUAUAAUGAUAAGUAUCGUGCUACAUCACGAAAUAAUGACGUAAGGGCAACAGAACAACAGAUUUUCGAAGUUCAAGCUAUGAAUUCUCCACGCAAACGAUCUAUAUAUGAGAACUCAGGGGAAAUCGUCACUGCAUCAUCUACAACAAUUCCAGUUGGUUCAUGCAAUUCACCAGUUUGUAUUGCUGUACGUAAUCUCCUGAAAGCAUUUCAAGAUCGUUAUAGUGAUUUAAUGGAUCAAUUUAUACAAAUUCAACAUAAUCCAACAUUAACAAAUGGUCAUUUAAAUGAAAUGAAUAUUAAUAAUAAUAAUAAUAAUACUCAUAAUAAUAACAAUAGUAUAAUUCUAAGAAAAUCUUCACAAACUUCAGCAUUCAUUAAAGAAUUAUAUACUCAAUUAAAUAAUAUUUCAAAUUUAUUAAAUGAAAAUAAUCAUCAAAUGAUUCAAAAUUAUGAAUUAAAUGAACAUAUUCAAUUGUGUAUACGAUUGAUUCAUUCAUUAGAUAAUUGGAUUAAUUCUUGUUUAACACAAAAUGAUAUGGAAAUUGCACAUCUUCGUUUGUUCAUUAUGAAUUUACAAUUGCGUAAUAAUAAUAAUAAUUCAACUGGUAUAGAACAAAAUACAACAAUAUUUACUUCAUCAAUGAAUAGUCCUGGUAGUAACGAUAAUAAUGAGCAAAAUAAACAAACUUUUUCAUGUUCAAUCAGUAUAAACAAAAAGCAGGACCCUAGUAAGUUUCUACUUAAUGAACAAGAGUUAUUUAACUUAAGAGAAAAGUUAAGGCUAACUGAAGCUCAACUACAAUUAACGUCUAUGAUGCAAACCACUUAG